AUGAACCACAGCGUACACGAGGAAGCGGAAGGUAUGUUUGCGAUGCGCGAAGAGACGAUCGCUCUUACCCUCAAGGAGAAGCUCCUCUUUGAGCAGGGAGACCAAGGUGUUUCGUUCGGAGGCACGCGCGACGUGCCUGAGUUUGUCAACAUCUCCAAGGACGACACGCACGCCUGGCCGGCCGUCGCGCGUCGCACGUACCCCUCCGCCGUCAACGCGCGAAUGGAUUCCACCAUCACGCCCUCGGGCCCCCUCGCGUCUCUCCACAAGGUCGAGGAGUUCAGAGCGCCGCCGUAUCCCGGGCCGCAGGAGACGACGUUCCUGACGGCGCCCACGGACUUUGGGUCCCUGGUGUUCCCGCCAAGGUCUGACCAAUGGUUCUGCGUCAAGCCCCUGCCCGGACACGCGACCUGCAACAUUGGCGACGCGCUCAACAUCGUCUCCGGCGGCAUCCUACGCUCCAACAUCCAUCGCGUCGUCAAGCCCAGUACGAACGGCACUCGGUCGUGUUCUUCACCCCCGAACGACUUCGUCGAGCUGCGGGUUCUGUCCGGGCAGAGCGAGCGCAUCGCUGCGGCGGUCGCCUACGCGCCCCCGGGGAAGUACGCCCCUGGCGUGACGGCGAUGGAGUGGCUGGCGAGGAGGGUCAAAUCGCAGCGGGUGACAAACUGCAAGCUCAAACUCAGUGGACUGUGGCCCCAGAUGCACCCGCUCUUUCGCGCGCCCCCUGAGCAAAACUACGCGCGCCCUGUUCCCAGCCACGCGAUCGGAGAUGCGCUGACAAUCCUCAGCGGUGGCUUUCUCAGGUCCAACCUCCACCGCAUCGUACCUCCUGGAGAACAGCUGACGCUCGUCCAGAUGGCUACGCUCGCAGAUCAAAGCGCGAUCAUCAGUGAUACGGUUGCUCACGCUACACCGAACCUGCGCGAGAUCUUCGACCUCGCAUGGACCUCUCACGAGUGGCUCACGCGCUGGAUGAAGGACAUGCCCAUCAACAACCAGAAGGUGAUGCAGGGCACGGACGGGGUUGUUUGGAAUGCUAGCCCGGGUGGUACCGAGCAUGAGCGCAUCGGUCGCUUGAGUAUCUUGCAUCAUGGUGUAGCACAGUGUAGCACUCAGUCGUCGUCGUCUCAUGUCAUCAUCUUUCAGCUGUGA